AACGAAAGCAAACAACACACCAGGCGGGUUAGUCGUCACUGGCUGUAUUCGGUCAGGGCGUGUUCAUGCCAAGUUAAGCUUGGCAGGAAGAGGGCACCAGGCCGAUUAGACUUUAUUUGUUCCUCCAAAUUUGACGGACUGAUGUGUAAUUCUCAGUAACUAUGGAUUUCGACGCGUUAUUUAAUGAGAAUACGUUUCAGUUUUCGGACUUCCAGGAGUUCACGUUUCUUCCUGGCCACCAAAAGCUGACUGAGCGAGUGAGAAAAAGACUGUACUAUGGCCUGGAUAAAGAUGUUUCAUUAGAUGCCCUUUCCUCCCCUGUUACAGAUAUCGCUGUUGAAAUUUUCCAGAAGUCUGCCCCAAGUCCAAUCCGCAAGCUUCAGAAGAAGUAUGCUGCUCAUGUUGCAAGGGAGGCCUGCAUCUCUCCAUGUGCCAUGAUGUUGGCUUUGGUUUAUAUUGAAAGGCUGCGACACAGAAAUCCUGAGUACCUGCAAAAAAUCUCCUCAUCUGACCUUUUUCUGAUCUCGAUGAUGGUUGCCAGCAAGUACCUGUAUGAUGAAGGUGAGGAAGAAGAGGUUUUCAAUGACGAGUGGGGAGCGGCUGGGAAACUGGACGUCCAAACCAUCAACAACCUGGAGAUGAGUUUCUUGAAUGCCAUUGAGUGGAGCCUCUUCACAGAGCCAAGGGACUUCUUUGAUAUACUCAGCCAGCUGGAAACCAGCAUUGCGGAGAAGCAAGGAAUGAAACGUGGCUGGUUUACCUACACAGACCUGUGUGUGCUGCUGGAUCACUCUGCAUGGAGUCACGCCCUCGCUGCCAUCUAUCAGCACUUUCUAAAGGUAUCCUGUAUGCUUGGUCUGGUCUAUCUAACCAGUGUAGCUGGUCUUAUUGCCACCAGCGCUGUGGUCCACCAGCUCAAUUUGUCAAGAGGUGACCAAUCACUGCUUCCUCCAGUAAACGAAAUCAGCUUCACCUUCAUCCAGACUUCCAGUCUCUGUCCAGCCCAUUCCCUGCCCUGUUUUGUUCUGACCAACAAGUCUCUGAACAGUCACACUGGUUUGGUUGAAAUCAGCCAACACCAAAGACAAAACGAUUCCCCGCUGGUUUCUGCAAAAAGCUCGGUUUUGUGUCUCUGGGGUUCUCUCCUGGGCUCAGUGGGUCGUACACAUCCUGGAAAAAAGUCUGAAUUGGAAACUGCUCAGUCCUGGCCUUCUUCCUCCUUCGACUGUUCUGGCUGUUUUGCAAACCUUCCUCAUCUUCAGUGUUUACUGAGAAACACCUCGGCACUCCUUCACCACAACCCUGUUGGAAACCAUCCCCAGUCGACACGGCUAUCUUCCAUGGAAGCAGCAGGGUCAAGUCUGGACUCACAGUUUGGGGCAUUUCCAACAGUAGAUCCGUCGCCCUGCCAUCCUGAGUUUCUGCUGCCUGCCAACAAAUAUCAAGCUCUGCUCAUGCCUGGCUAGCGGCAUCCCCGUUUGUCAUGCUGGAAACAUCCCUGGAAACCAUAAAAGCUUUGUUUUCAUGACUCCCCAUUGUCUCAGUCAUGUUUUUAGAAUAUAUAUGUAACGUAAAGUGGCACUUUUCAGAGAGGGUGAAAAUUCAUUCAUUUUAUUACACGGUGCGUUGAAAACAUAAAUCUGAUGCAGCAGAGAUUAAUGCCCUCUAGUUUUAUUUUUACAGAUGAUCUUAAAGGUGACAAAACUGCUUGUUUAUAUGGGAAUGAACAAGAUUUGUUGUGAAUGUCCUGAGCUAUAAAUGAUAAUUGUAAAGAUGGUAACUGCUUGGGGGGGAUCUUGUAUGUGUUUUAAGGUUGCUAAGCAUAUCUACAAGUUAAACGCUAUCCAGUGAGUGCUUAUUUUACUAGCUUCAUAAGGAGGAUGAACUAAGCCAGUUUAGACUGUUUCCUAAGUUUUCACUUUGUGUACUCAGUGUUACUAUUUGUUUUUCCAUCACUUAGGGGUCAGACUUUGGUCAAACAUGUUCCAAGCACUGAUUUUUGUUCACCGAAUAGGUUGGGUUUUUUCCUUGAAAACUUGAUAAGGUUCACUUCAUGCAGAAGAAGGUAUCAGACUGGAAGUAGACUACUGAAUAAAAGCUUUAUCUGCAGAUCAAAAUGCACCUGACACAGAUUUCAUAGCAAUUAAAUAGAUCUUUUUUCUUUUUUUUUCUACAAUAUUUGGCAUUUUCUUCUUUUUCUGCACCAUAUUUAAUGUUGGUAAUAGGAUAUGACAAUCUAAAAGACGGUUUCCUGGAACCACGUUGUAGGUCAGUGUGGAAGAUUUGGCCUCUGGGUUUUGUAGCAGCUUUUUUUGCUUCUGUGUCUGACACGUUAAAAGUCUAACUGAAGUGUUUUUUGUUUAUGCGAUCUGGAAUUUGCACAUUUUGUAGAUGUACACCACUUGUUUUUAUUAUUGCUGCUUUGUUGGCAUUUAAACACCACAGAAGAAGAAAAAAUAUUUUUAUGUGCAUUUAAGCAAGAACUGGGAAAAACAUUCAAGUUUUGGAUUUGAUACAUUUUGGAGCAGAAAAACGUUUAAUUUUGUAAAUGAUGUAAAAAGAGAAAGUGGAUAAACUCAGAAAUAAUAAAUGCUUUUCUAAAAAAUA